GUACCCCCACCCAUUCUCUCUCUCGGUCUUUUGGAUCCUCCCUCUUUUUCCUGACUUGUGAAGUAUGCUCAGAGUGAUAGUCUCCAAGGAGCUCCUGUCUAAACCCUGCCAACAGUACUGAGGUGUGCAACUCCUGAUUUCAACAUCAAGACAAACGCCACACCUUAGCUGUAUUUUCAGUUUGGAUUUUGUCUCUCAACAUAAUUUUUUUCAGGACUUUUGAAAGUUUUGGAAAAUAUUUUGUCAGGAUAUCAUGGCGCUGCGACAAAACUCUGACAAGGAACCAAGUAUUGAGCUGUUUGUCAAGGCUGGACAUGAUGGUGAAAACGUGGGGAACUGCCCCUUUUGCCAACGCCUCUUCAUGGUCCUGUGGCUAAAAGGAGUCAAGUUUACAGUGACCACCGUUGACAUGAGGAAAAAACCAGCAGAAUUGAAAGACUUAGCCCCUGGAGCCAAUCCACCAUUCCUUCUCUACAAUGGCACUCUCAAGACAGACUUUAUCAAAAUUGAAGAGUUUCUUGAGCAAACGCUUGCCCCACCCAGAUAUCCUAAUCUCAGUCCCAUAAACAAAGAAUCAUUUGAUGUGGGAGCAGAUAUUUUUGCGAAGUUUUCAGCUUUCAUAAAGAACAGUCCAAAUAAUGCAUUGCAGCAGAAAAACCUUUUGCGAGAGUUCAAGCGCUUGGAUCAUUACCUGAACUCACCGUUGCCAGAGGAGAUUGAUCACAACUCCAUGGACACUGUCACUAUCUCCACAAGGAAGUUUCUGGACGGGGACCGCCUGACAUUAGCAGACUGCAACCUACUGCCUAAACUACAUGUGAUCAGGGUUGCUGCCAAGAAAUACUGUGACUUUGAGAUUCCAGCAGAGUUUACAGGUGUGUGGCGAUACUUGCAGAAUGCCGAUGAAAGAGAGGAGUUCAAACAGACAUGUCCUGCUGAUAUUGAGAUCGAAAAAGCUUACCUUGGUGUGGCCAAAAGGAAAUAAAGCCUGUUGUCAUUAUGCAUUUACUGAGGGCAACAGCCAGGGGGCGUUACUUGUCACAACACUGCAAUAAAUCACCAUUUUCAUGAGCAUCACUGGUGGGGCCAAAUGUGCAAUUGUCUGUCAGUGCAGUAAUGUGAUAGAUUUUUGUUUAUAUUGUAAAUAUGUGUAUGCUUUAAUGAUUAUUCACAUCAUGUGUGUAGCACCCCCCCCCCCCCCCCC